AGACAGCUCUCGAUCGCCUUCGGGAAGUACGCACAUUGUCCUGAGCAGCGGUCGCACAAGAAUAUCUGUAAAGGAGGCAGUGCAAAUUGCAAGAGACAACAAUUUCAUGGGUUUGAUAUGCAGUUCUCGUCUGCUGUCGCUUGCCCCUGCACUGAUCGAGUCGAUAAAGACGGCCGGCCUCGUUCUCGUAACAGACAUCACGGAUUCCCCCGCCGAAAACGUCGGGCAGCCUGGAAACCUACAUGUCGCAAAUCCACGCCGGCAAACCACACCCGAGGGAGUUGACGGAUAUCUGAAGGGAAACGGUGUGCUCUGCUUUAACGAAACGAUUGACAUGUGAACAAGGAUAUGUGGUAAAGGGCUUUGUGGGGAAAGGGGGCAGACAAGGGACUGCCGAGUGAAUCUCGGCAGUAUGCUUGUGCUGAAUUAGUGUCUGGGGCCCGUUUCACGACGAAACGUACGAAAUAACGACGAAUUACUAACUUGACGAUGGCGGGGUGACAAAGACGGUAGACAAGUGUUCUUGGCGUUUGAAUAGCGGGCUGAUACUCGGAGUAGAGGCGGCUAUACCCGUUUAGAGCCAAAAGGCUAAUGGUGGACUCUUUGGGAGGAGGGCUAGUUGUAUAACGUUUGACUUGAGUGUUUUACUACGUACAUUGCGAAGCGGUCAUGUGCUCAAAUAUGCGGGGAGGGAGUGUAUGGGGUUGUAGGUACGUAUGUACUGUGCAGUAGUACGCAUGUGUGCAUGCGUGAUGUGAUGUGGUGUGGUGUGGUGCGAGGGUGCAGAUGCAGGCAAGCUGCAGUUCGGUAGUGUGGA